GUGAAGGAAAAAAACCAACUGGGUAGGUCGGUCUUUGUUUCUGGCUAGGAGGAAAACCAAGAGACGCUGCAACCGGUGAGGAUUCAAACAUCACCUUUCACCACUUGUGGGUACUUUCCGCUUCCACACAUUCCCAGUUUCCCCUGAGAGAUGUCCACCCCUGACCCCCCAAUGGGAGGGACGCCUCGGCCCGGACCCUCCCCGGGCCCAGGGCCAUCUCCAGGAGGUAUGAUGGGACCCAGCCCAGGCCCCUCUCCAGGCUCAGCCCACAGCAUGAUGGGGCCCAGCCCAGGUCCUCCUGGAUCUGGACACCCCCACCCUCCACAGGGACCCUCAGGAUAUCCCCAGGACAACAUGCACCAGAUGCAUAAACCCAUGGAAGCCAUGCAUGAUAAGGGAAUGCCCGAUGACCCCCGCUAUAGCCAGAUGAAGGGCAUGGGCAUGAGACCAGGGGGGCACAGUGGGAUGGGACCUCCUCCAAGCCCAAUGGACCAACAUUCUCAAGGUUACCCCUCUCCAUUAGGAGGCUCGGAGCAUGCCCCUAGCCCCGUCCCCGCCAAUGGGCCUCCCUCUGGCCCCAUGAUGCCCGGAGGUCCCUCUGGCCCCGGUGCUGGCCCUAUGGAGGGCAGUGGGGACCCUAACCAGGGAAUGGGUCAGCCUAACCGUGGGGGUCCCCAGGGUCCAGGCGGACCCGGUGGUGCAGGAGGUGGACCAGGUGGUGCAGGUGGACCCACUCCUUUCAGCCAGAACCAGUUGCACCAACUCAGGGCUCAGAUUAUGGCCUACAAGAUGCUGGCACGCAGUCAGCCCUUACCAGAGCACCUGCAGAUGGCCGUGCAGGGGAAGAGGCCCAUGCCAGGGAUGCAGCAACAGCCGAUGCCCAACAUUCCACCUGGAGGAACAGGACUUGUAGGUGGGCCUGGGGCUGGUCCGGGACCAGCUCAGGCCAACUACAACAGACCACACGGUAUGGUAGGUCCCAAUAUGGCACCUCCAGGGCCUGCAGGAGUUCCCCCAGGUAUGCAAGGACAGCCUACCAAUGGACCUCCUAAAUCAUGGCCUGAAGGACCAAUGGUGAAUGCAGCUGCACCAUCCAACCCUCCUCAGAAGCUGAUUCCACCACAACCCACUGGCAGACCCUCUCCAGCUCCUCCUUCUGUGCCCCCCGCUGCCUCCCCGGUAAUGCCCCCUCAGACACAGUCUCCAGGACACCCGGCCCAGCCCCCUCCCAUGAUGCUUCACCAAAAGCAGAACCGCAUAACCCCCAUCCAAAAACCUCGCGGGCUGGACCCAGUGGAGAUCCUCCAGGAGAGAGAGUACAGACUACAGGCUCGUAUUGCUCAUCGUAUCCAGGAGCUGGAGAACCUGCCUGGCUCUCUAGCUGGUGACCUGCGCACCAAGGCCACCAUUGAGCUCAAGGCCCUGAGGCUGCUUAACUUCCAGAGACAGCUGCGUCAGGAGGUGGUGGUUUGCAUGCGUCGUGACACUGCUUUGGAAACUGCCCUCAACGCUAAGGCCUACAAGCGCAGCAAACGUCAGUCUCUGCGCGAGGCCCGCAUCACUGAGAAGCUCGAGAAACAGCAGAAGAUUGAACAGGAGCGCAAACGUCGGCAGAAACACCAGGAAUACCUCAACAGCAUCCUGCAGCAUGCCAAGGACUUCAAGGAGUACCACCGCUCCAUCACCGCCAAGAUCCAGAAGGCCACCAAAGCUGUCGCCACUUAUCAUGCCAACACUGAGCGCGAGCAGAAGAAAGAGAACGAGCGCAUUGAAAAGGAGAGAAUGCGGAGGCUGAUGGCUGAAGAUGAGGAAGGCUACCGUAAACUCAUCGACCAAAAGAAAGACAAGCGUCUGGCCUACCUGCUCCAGCAGACGGACGAGUACGUGGCCAACCUCACUGAGCUGGUGCGCGCCCACAAGGCCGUACAAGCUCUCAAAGAGAAGAAAAAGAAGAAGAAAAAGAAGAAGCCAGAGCCUGUGGAGGGUGGUGCUGCUGCUCUGGGGCCUGAUGGAGAGCCUUUAGAUGAGACCAGUCAAAUGAGUGACCUUCCGGUGAAGGUCAUCCACGUGGACAGUGGAAAGAUCCUGACUGGGGUGGAGGCCCCUAAGGCUGGCCAGCUGGAGGCCUGGCUUGAAAUGAACCCAGGAUACGAAGUGGCGCCGCGCUCUGACAGUGAAGACAGUGGUUCAGAAGAUGAGGAGGAGGAGGAGGAGGAGGAUGACGAGGAGCAGCCUCACCCCUCUUCAGCUCAAACAGAGGAGAAGAAGAAGAUCCCUGACCCUGACAGUGAAGACGUAUCUGAAGUGGAUGUCCGGCACAUCAUCGAACACGCCAAGCAGGAUGUAGAUGAUGAGUACGGCAAUGCAAGUUUCAACCGAGGCCUGCAGUCCUACUACGCUGUGGCUCAUGCUGUCACUGAGAAAGUGGAUAAACAGUCCACACUGCUGGUCAAUGGGCAGCUCAAGCAAUACCAGAUCAAAGGUUUGGAGUGGCUGGUGUCGCUUUACAACAACAACUUGAAUGGCAUCCUGGCUGAUGAGAUGGGUCUAGGAAAAACGAUCCAGACCAUCGCCCUCAUCACUUACCUCAUGGAGUACAAGCGCCUCAACGGGCCCUUCCUCAUCAUCGUACCUCUCUCAACUCUGUCAAACUGGGUGUAUGAGUUUGAUAAGUGGGCGCCAUCUGUUGUGAAAGUCUCUUACAAGGGCUCUCCAGCUGCUCGUCGUGCAUUUGUUCCCAUCUUGCGCAGCGGAAAGUUCAACGUGCUUCUCACCACUUAUGAGUACAUUAUUAAAGAUAAGCAAGUGCUGGCAAAGCUCCGUUGGAAGUACAUGAUUGUGGACGAGGGCCAUCGUAUGAAGAACCACCACUGUAAGCUGACCCAGGUCUUGAACACGCACUACUUGGCCCCGCGACGUCUGCUGCUCACAGGCACCCCGCUGCAGAACAAGCUGCCUGAGCUCUGGGCUUUGCUCAACUUCCUCCUGCCCACCAUUUUCAAGAGCUGCAGUACAUUCGAACAGUGGUUCAACGCCCCCUUCGCCAUGACUGGAGAGAAAGUCGACCUGAACGAAGAAGAGACCAUCCUGAUCAUUCGACGUUUACACAAGGUGCUCAGGCCUUUCUUGCUGCGCCGACUCAAGAAAGAAGUCGAGGCCCAGCUGCCUGAGAAGGUGGAGUACGUGAUAAAGUGCGACAUGUCGGCCCUACAGAGAGUUUUGUACAGACACAUGCAGGCCAAGGGAGUCUUGCUCACAGAUGGGUCAGAAAAAGACAAGAAGGGUAAAGGUGGCACGAAGACCCUGAUGAACACUAUCAUGCAACUGAGGAAGAUUUGUAACCACCCCUACAUGUUCCAGCACAUUGAGGAGUCUUUCUCCGAGCAUCUUGGUUAUUCUGGUGGAAUCGUGAGCGGCCCUGACCUGUACCGCUCCUCUGGGAAGUUUGAGCUGCUGGAUCGUAUCCUGCCCAAGCUGAGGGCCACCAACCACAAAGUGCUGCUCUUCUGUCAAAUGACCUCACUCAUGACCAUCAUGGAGGACUACUUUGCCUACCGUAACUUCAAGUACCUGCGUCUGGAUGGAACGACCAAGGCAGAGGACCGUGGCAUGCUGCUGAAGACUUUCAAUGACCCGGCCUCUGAGUACUUUGUAUUCCUGCUCAGCACCAGGGCAGGAGGUUUGGGCCUCAACCUGCAGUCUGCUGACACAGUCAUCAUCUUUGACAGUGACUGGAACCCACAUCAGGACUUGCAGGCCCAGGACAGAGCCCAUCGUAUCGGGCAGCAGAACGAGGUGCGCGUGCUCCGCCUCUGCACCGUCAACAGCGUGGAGGAAAAGAUCCUGGCGGCGGCCAAGUACAAACUGAACGUGGACCAGAAGGUCAUCCAGGCCGGCAUGUUCGACCAGAAGUCUUCAGGCUAUGAACGUCGGGCCUUCUUACAGGCCAUUCUGGAGCACGAGGAGCAGGACGAGGAGGAAGACGAAGUGCCUGAUGAUGAGACUGUCAAUCAGAUGAUUGCCAGAAGUGAAGAGGAGUUUGAACAGUUCAUGCGCAUGGAUCUAGACCGACGCCGCGAGGAGGCCCGCAACCCCAAGAGGAAACCUCGUCUGAUGGAGGAGGACGAUAUGCCCAGCUGGAUUUUGAAAGACGACGCUGAGGUUGAGAGGCUAACUUGUGAAGAGGAGGAGGAGAAGAUGUUUGGCAGAGGAUCCCGCCAACGUAAGGAAGUGGACUACAGUGACUCGCUCACUGAGAAGCAGUGGCUCAAGGCCAUAGAGGAGGGAAACCUAGAGGACAUCGAAGAGGAAGUGCGUCACAAGAAGACGACCAGAAAGCGCAAGAGAGACCGUGACCAUGACGGCGGCCCGGCCACACCCAGUUCCAGCAGCGGGCGAGGGCGGGAGAAGGACGAGGAGGUGAAGAAGGCGAAGAAACGUGGCCGCCCGCCUGCCGAGAAGCUCUCGCCCAACCCACUUUCCCUCACUAAGAAGAUGAAGAAGAUCGUUGACGCUGUCAUUAAAUAUAAGGAUGGUAAUGGUCGACAGCUGAGCGAAGUCUUCAUCCAGCUGCCAUCGCGCAAGGAGCUGCCCGAAUACUAUGAGCUCAUCCGCAAGCCAGUGGACUUCAGAAAGAUCAAGGAGAGGAUCCGGAGCCAUAAGUACCGCAGCCUGAACGACCUGGAGAAGGAUGUGAUGCUGCUGUGUCAGAACGCCCAGACGUUCAACCUGGAGGGGUCUCUGAUCUAUGAGGACUCCAUCGUGCUGCAGUCUGUCUUCACCAGUGUGAGGCAGAAGAUCGAGAAGGAGGACGAGAGUGAAGGAGAGGAAAGCGAGGAGGAGGAGGAGGAGCCCGACGAAGGCUCAGAGUCUGAAUCUCGCUCGGUGAAGGUGAAGAUUAAGCUGAGCCGGAAGGAAAAAGGGGAGCGAGGAGGGAAAGGACAACGACGGAGGGGCCGUGGUGCCCGAGCUAAACCUGUGGUGAGCGACGAUGACAGCGAGGAGGAACAGGAAGAGGAGCGUUCGGCCAGUGGCAGUGAGGAGGACUGAAGUGAACCACUUGUGAUUGGACCAACGGCCCACUGAGCCCCUCGACUGGACUUUAUAUAUUUUACUUAGAUACAGCAGGGAGAUGGUGGGAAAGGACUAGUUUUACCUAGACGAGCUGAUUUUUAGUGAGACAAUUGUAUUCUCAUUAAAGUAUACCAUUAAAUAAAAACCAAUGAAAAAAACUAAAAUAUGAAAGAUAUGAACCAUUCACUUCCAUAUUUAAACCAUUUUUCCCCAGUAUGAAUAGUAGUGUGUCUCUUUGCCUUCUUUUUGUUUUCUCCUGUAAAUGGAAAAUGGAGGGUCUGACUUGUAGACUGAUCGCGGGCCAUAAAGACAGCUGUUUUUUUAAGUGGUAUGAAUUUUGUCGUCUUUUACUUUGAGACAAAGCGUACACGUGAACCAGGAGUCACUGUUCCCUGAAGUCCCUUUUUGAAUGCAUGUCGUGCGUGUCUGUGGAAAUGCACCUGGAUGUGUCUUCACUAUUAUCUCUGUGUUUAAUUUAAGACUACAAGCGGGAGCACGGUACAUCCCACCCUGCAGCCCCUCCCUCUCAGGUUGUGUAUGUAAUGGGGGAGGGAGGGAUAGGACCAUUUUCUCGUGUCGGUGUCACUGGAUUCCAAAAAGUACAAUAAAGGCAUCUCAU